AUGAAACUCCCAACAGUUUUCAUCUUUGCUGCAGCCGUGUUUGCGGUUUUGCUCAAACUCGGAACAACAUCCAACGAAGACCAAUCAGAAAAAAMCGAUCAACAAGUGCUUGGACAUAAUAUUGCUCUUCUGCGKCAAUUAUYACUCWGGAGAAAYAGUCACAAAAGAACAGAAGAAGUUGAACAACAAGCCACGGAUGACGAUGUUACUCGUUUGAUUUACAGCUACAAAAGAACGAUAGCUAAACGCAAUUCUUUGCCGACAUGUGACAGCUGUUGCUAUCCCGAAAUUGAUAGCAUUAACGCUACCUCAACAAACAAAGCUGUGAACGCAUCUAACAAAAGAAGGCAKAGCACAUGUGCACCCUACGAGAUUCCUGUCAGAAUUCCAAACAACAUCAUCAUUUACCCUGAUCCUCCAUUUGUGCCCCUCCAUCGCUGCCUUGGAUCUGAUGACACCAUUAGGUCAGCAUUUAGUUACCGCUGCAAAGCGACAAGCAAAGAAACAGUUCGUGUUCAGUACAAAGGAUUAAGGGACGGHCAGAUUUAUGAAGUARCCAUGCACAACCACACUAGCUGUAAAAUGGCGUGUCACAUGACUACCAGCUGUGGUCCAAACAAAAUAUUCGACAAGGAUAACUGUUAUUGCUAUUGUCCAUUGACGCAAAAUGAUUGCAGUAAGGGAACAAUAUUGAAUUCUGACGAUUGUGAGUGUAGAUGUGCUCAAAUGACAUCUUGUCACACCAUAUAUGAAAAGUAUAACUGGAGAACGUGCAAGUGCGAGUGUGACCAGCGGCUCAAGGAUAUUUGCCGUGAGAACAAUUUGAGUAUUAACCCACAACGUUGUGCUUGCAUGUAAUGAAAGUUGACUCAGUUCAAGAUUGACAAAUAUCAUAACUACGUGACACGUGACGCAACUGACAAMUAAUACAAUUGCCCUAUCGCAUAAUUACGUCACACCAAAACAUUCUAUUGCUUUUACGCUAAGGAUAUAUGGUCGCCAGAGGGGAUCAGAGUGACUGCAUAUCAAAUAAAAUGUACAUGAGCUAUCAUUGAUAAUGGUAUACUUAAAAACUUGAUACACUGAAUUUCUGCUUUUGGAAAGAAUAUUACUAGGUCCAAAUUUCAAGUCUUCCUGAGCAUCUAUCCACAAUGUAAACAUACUGUGACGUCAUUAUGCCAUAGGGCAAUUCGACAUCAGAUCAUCAAAAAUAUCCURCAGAGGGACGAACCAUUAGAAAAGUAAAGAAAAAUCCAAACAGGCUUUAGAAUUCAAAACAAUACGUGUGCACACACGUACAUAUUGAAGCUGAGGUGCGUAAAAAACAUAUACAAGACUGAUUGUUCACCAAAGAAUCCACCUAAUUCAUCACCCAACCCCAUUGACUCUCAUCAACUUCGCUUUUCUAAUAGUCGGUUCCUAACCUGAUAACAUCAUUGACCGUGACAGCAUCGAACUCAUGCACAUAACCUUAUUGAUAAUAUCCGACGSUGUGACUAACUUUUUUGGUGACUUCCCCAAUCAUACCACGUGAUAUUUUCCAAGGGCACACAACGUUCAUGAAGUCUUUUUCUCUUGAUUAUUACUUCACGCCGUCUUGAAAAAACUUUUUAGAACUUCUGACGGUACUCUCUUGGUUACUAGGCCAAUGUAGCCUCAGGCAUCCGUCAAUGAUGCAUGUAAAGCAAUAUUGAUACUUCCUCCUAUUAUAGUGCAGACUACUGSGCGAAUUCUUCCUUUCAAUUCAGUUUACAUUUGGCCGUAAUCAAGAGACUUAGACAUCAUACAAUUACUCAUAYGACUGAAACGACAGACUCGUCUUGAAUUGACAUACAUUAAGCUAAGAGGCAGAUCAAUUAGAAUGAAUAGGAAUUGAAGAUAAAGGAUAACUACUAACUUAUAACAGUAUUAAAUGUAUGAAUUAAAAAAAAUAACUGCAUUA